CUCACGUUCAAGCGCUGCUGUCGCGACCGCUGGGCCACGAAAAAAUACCUUGGUGCAGUCAUUCAGACCCAUAUAAAGUCGCGGAUCCACGCCAGCCAGCGAUGCGGGUCGUGGUGCCGCUCGCAGCGCUGCUGCUCGGGACGACCGUCGAGCCGCUCGCGCUGAAGAGGAGAGGAGGCCUCACGAAAAGCAAGAAGAAAAAGAAGCUCAAGAAGGCACCGCCGCCCGCGCCCGUCGCGCGGGCGCCGCGGGCGCCGCUCUCGUGGUCGCUCUCGCCGGAAGAGCACAUGGCCGCCGUCUCAAAUGCAGUCGCGAGCGCCGCCGACGGCAUACAAACAGCGCUCGCCGACGGCAACUUCUUCGCAAAAGAGUCGUUCCUCGACGAGAGGAGUGUACAAGCGAUGGCUGAGGAAGCAAGACGCCUAGAUCCUACACUAGUGCCGUCACAGUCGACGCGCUACGAAGCCGGAAAUACAAUCGCCUACGACAAGGAGGGCGUGCGGUCGACGCAAAUUCUGGGAGGGAACGAUUAUGACAAGGCGCCGCGACUGACCGAAUACGUGGUUUCGCUCACGGCAGCCCUGUCGGGCGUCGCCGGGCAAGUGAGACCGCUCUCGCCGAGUCGCCAGACGAACAAACUCGCGGUCUGCGAUGCGAUCGGCGCGUCGUACCCAAAACACAUCGAUAAUGGCGGUGGUGAUGACCCGCGCCUGCUGACCGCUAUAUUAUAUUUGAGUGGAGAUGUCGACGGGGGCCGCUUCCGCUCAUAUCAAGCGACGGAGGACGUCGUCACGGCGGAGGUCGCGCCGGCGCCGGGCACCUUUGUGUGCUUCUGGAGCGACCGCCUCGUCCACGACGUCUCCGCCGUCACCCGUUUAGAUGAGGCGCGGUGGGCGCUGACCGUCUGGCUCUGCACGGACGACGACGUCGUCGAGGCGACGCCCGAUGAAGUCCUAGCGGCGCACUGGCCACAUCUAAGAGACAGUUAGUUUGU